AUGAACCGUAACGGCGCGGGUGAGCCUCCUCAAGCCAUGAAUCCGGAUCCCGCAUUGCUUGCAAUGAAUGGAAACAUGCCUGCCACUGCCUCUCUUGAGCACCUCAAUGGACAGACGCAAAUGUUCGAUCCCUCGUUCGCCAGUAUCUCUCUUCCUGGCAAUGGCAUUCAAUCUGGGCUGCUUGCAGCAGUUCCUCAGCAAUCAAUCCCUGCUGAUGAGGUCGCGCUCUAUGACAGACAGAUAAGACUAUGGGGUAUGCAGGUACAAGAAAAGCUGAGACAAGCCAACGUCCUGCUCAUUGGUAUCAAAGGGCUCGGUGCAGAAAUAGCGAAGAAUCUUGUCCUUGCAGGCAUUGGCAUCUUGACCAUACUAGAUCACGAAGUGGUCGCAGAAGAGGAUCUGGGAACUCAGUUCUUUGUUGAUGAGACUCAGAUUGGCCAAAACCGAGCCGAAGCCGCCCUGCCCGAAUUACAGAAGCUCAAUCCUCGUGUUCAGUUGUACCUCGACCCCAAUCCUGUGGUGCUGAAGGACCCCGUCUAUUUCCAGUCAUUUGACAUUGUGAUCGCGACUGACCUGAUGACGGACGUCAUGACGCUGGUCAACAUGUCUUGCCGACAAUUCAAUCGCAAGUUCUACUCCGCUGCCACACACGGCAUGUAUGGUUACAUCUUCGCUGAUCUCGGAAUCCACCAAUACAUGGUUGAGAAACCCCAGAGUAACAAGCGGGCCAAGGUGGGCGAUAUGGACACAUCUACGCGAUGCGUGUUGAAUGUCGACUCAAAGACGGAGAAUGAAAAGGUGACCGACAUGAUCACGUAUAGAGAAACGUACUCGCUCUUUCAGCUCGCCAACAUGUCUCCGCUCCCACCACGAGACAAGAGCACUCGGCGGAAAUUGACACGCAUAUCUCCACUUCUGUCAUGCAUGAGGGCAUUGUUCGAUUUCCAAAGCCAGAGCGAAGGCCGGCUUCCAGGACCCAAUAGAGCUGACUUGGAACUGUUCACCAAACUCGCCAAACAGAAACACAUCGAGCUCGAACUGCCUGAAGAAACCCUCCGGGCAGAGUUCUUGCGGAGCUUUUUGCAGAACCUUGGUUCUGAGAUGAGCCCAGUGGUUGCAUUCCUCGGUGGAUAUUUGGCACAAGAUGUCAUCAAUGUGCUGGGACAAAAGGAACCUCCUCUGCAAAACUUUCUGCUCUUCGAUGGCGAGGAGUUUGCGGCCACUCAGUACAGCCUUCAUCCUCACAACGACGACGCGGUUAGUAUGAUGAGUACCAAUGGGUUGCCGAUGAUGCCAGGAACCAUACCCGCCGCAGAUGCUGUUCCAGUGGCUUGA